GAGGAUCUCAGGGUCAAACUGCAGGAGAAGCUGCAGGCCUCUGAGAAGGCUAAAGACCAGUGUUAUGAAACAGCUGCAUAUAUCAAGACUCAAACGAAAGACACAGAGAAGCAGAUCAAGGAGGAGUUUGAGAAGCUUCACCAGUUUCUACGAGAUGAAGAGGCAGCCAGGAUAGCUGCACUGAGGGAGGAAGAGGAGCAGAAGAGUCAGAUGAUGAAGGAGAAGAUUGAGAAGAUGAGCAGAGAUCUCAUCUCUUUCAGACACAAUCAGAGCCGUAGAACAGGAGAUGAGAGCUGA